UGCGGAUACUGUCGGCUGGUCGACGCCACGCCACGAACACAAAGACAGAUCUGCGUGCGUGUAAUAGGAAAAAAAACGAAGAGAACGGUUAGGGCAGAUUUGGAGAAGAAAUUUAUAAAAAACAAAAAAUAAUUUUUCAGCCCCCUUAAACAAUGAAAAUGAUAAACUCAGCGAAUUAUAAAACCAAUUGAAUGGAAUUCCAGCGAAACGAAUCCAUUUUAGUAAUGGUAAUAUAUGCAAUUUUCUCGGUUACGGCGGUGGCGAAAGGUGCGAAAAAACGUGGUACGACGACAGGAGGAUCACAUUCGCUUCGCUCCUUCCGGGGUCGAAGAUGGGCGAAUCAUCGGAUUUCACUGCGGCAGCUUGCUCAACGGGCAAAUCCAGCAGUUCAUAGGAGCUCUCCGCCUGUAUCUGCCAUAGGAAGACGAUGAACAUGAGCUAGAUCUGUAUGGUGGAGAAGGCUAAGCGGCGCGCGCUUGGCCGAAUCGGCCGAUUCCUCAUCGCAUAGUCUAGAUCCACAUGCCCACUUGGCAUCGCCCUACCUACCCCCAUUCGUCCUUUCGGAGCCUAGGGUUGGGGACAUGGAAUGCGCAGGCGCGCCGCCGGGGCACAGCAGCACAGGGUCGCCGGCGGGGCCACACGGAAGGCGGCGUCGAUGUACCGCGCGUGGGGGUGCACGGCGGCGUCCUGGUAGGUUGCUCUGCUCAAGUGGUCGCUUGUUCUUCCUAAAUCAGCUGAUGGCGAUGAUUAAUAAUUUAUCUGACAGUCGCCAGUCCCCAACAAAUGAGAGCACAGAUCAACCAAAGAGAUUUCGAGUGAAGUUGGAUCCUAUCAUCCUAAUGGUUUUUUAUGCCAUUAGAGAAUUUAUUGGUGGUGGAUGUGCACUUGACUUUUGUCUAAGUUCUAAAAGAUAUGUUUCUGCAGUGAACACAGAAUUAAAGAGCUACGUACAGUUGCUGGCAGACGAUGUUUCUUGCAAGAAACUUAUCAUGUUUUUCAGCAAGAAGGGUUAGGCAUGUAUGUGCGCAUGCAUCUCAGAAGUAUCUUCGGGCUAGAAGGGUGAGGCAUGUAUGUGCGCAUGCAUCUCAGAAGUAUCUUCGGGCCAAGGCAGUCAAACCUCUCAAAGGAAGGAUUCGAACAAAGAUGGAGGAGGCUUUCCGAACAAGGCAUGAAGAAGCUUGUCCGAGGGGACUCCCGAGAAUAUCCUUGCUAGAUGCUUGGGGACCACUACUCAAGUGCACUCGAGUACCCGGAACAGCUGGCAGGGUGGUCCCAUGAAGCUGGCAGGAUAGUCAGACAAGCCACUGAAUAUUGUGUUAAACUCAUUCUAGUUGUCUCUGCGCUCUUUUUCCACACUUCCGUACAUUCUCUUCCCACAACAUAAUUUUAUAAUAGGUGCUGCUCUAGGCCUCUAGCCACCAUCAGUUCUGUCAACAAUGGACUAAAACAAAGAGAUGGAUUUUUCAGGUCAAAGGUAUAAUGUUGUGUUAAUGAAUUAAGGUUAUUUAAGAAAGUUGGAACAUAGUAACCAAUUGUAAAGUUUCUUGACCUUGUAUCAAUGGCCAGCACAUGCUUGAAUCUCUAGUAUUUUUUUUGUUUGCUGGAAUUGUUUCAUAUUCCUUUUGAACCUCCUACAUGUCUCUAAAAACACAUUUGUUGCCUCUUGGAAACCAAAUAAUUUCUGUAACAAAAGGAACUAUCCACAAUGAUCUUCUAUGAAAUAAGACUCCCCAUAUCUACAUAACACGAAAACAGAGUAAG